AUGGGGUUCCUUGGCGUAUACAGGGCCAUAUUCGAUUAUGCGCCUGCCUCCGAAGGAGAACUUGCCAUCAACGAAGGCGACCUGCUCUACGUUCUUGAGAAGAGCCAGGAUGACGACUGGUGGAAGGCAAAGAAGAAGGCAACUGCCGACGAUGACGACGAGCCCACGGGGCUCAUUCCCAACAACUACAUAGAAGAGGCCGCCCCCGUCAACCAAGCUCGCGCCCUUUACGAAUACACCCGCCAGACCGACGAAGAAUUAUCCUUCCCGGAAGAUGCCAAGUUGCAAGUCUUCGACGUUUCAGACCCCGAUUGGAUCCUGGUGGGGCUGGACGGCGAGUAUGGCUUCGUCCCGGCAAACUACAUCGACAUGGGCGACGCAGUGGACGAGGAGCCAGAGCCGGAACCGGAGCCAGAGCCACAGCCCCAAGCACCGCCCUUGCCACCAGCUCUACCCUCACGUCCUCCAGCUACCGUUGAGCCGGAAGAAGAGCCGCUUAGUCCGCCUCUACCAACCCGACAGCCAUCCACUGCUUCCGAAACGAGCAGCCCAGCUGUGGCGACGCCCGCUUCCGCGUUGGCCAAUGUUAUGCAAGGCCGAACCUCGAGCCGGGCUCCCGCUCCUCCUCCCGUUGCCGUUCCGGCACCCCGACAGGAAUACUUGUCUGAGGAAGAUGACGAACCGAGUCCUGCGCUGCCUACACGUCCUCGAGCCCCGACGAGCUUCUCCGAGCAUGAACAAACCGCACCAACUUCCCCAGCGCGAACGCAGAGCGCCCGUAGGAGCGACCAGCACCAUGACUACACUUCCGGUUACGACACGGGCCAGAUUGCGCCAGGUGGGUUCCACUUGUACAACAUCAAUGAGAUGGUAUCGGUCAUGGGCAAGAAGAAAAAGAUGCCCACGACGCUCGGUGUGAAUCUUAAGACAGGGAAGAUAUUCAUCGCGCCCGAGCGAACCAGCGACGGGCCGAGUACCGAGUGGACUGGUGAUAAGAUGACGCAUUACUCUCGUGAAGGCAAGCACGUGUUCUUGGAGUUGGUGCGGCCAAGCAGGAGCAUAGAUUUUCACGCCGGAGCCCAAGAUACUGCCGAAGAAAUCGUGAGUGCUCUGGGCGAGCUUGCCGGUGCUGUAAGAGCCGAAGGUCUACGCGAGGUCAUGAUGGCCGCAACCGGCCGGAAUAGUCAGAAGAAGGGCAUUAUUCUUUACGACUUCAUGGCGCAAGGAGAAGAUGAAGUCACAGUAGCAGUAGGGGACGAAGUAUUGAUUGUCGACGAUGCCAAGAGUGAAGAGUGGUGGCAGGUUCGGCGACUCAAAACCGGCAAGGAAGGCGUCGUUCCCAGCAGUUACAUCGAAGUCACAGAGGUCCUCAGUCCACCGGCGAAUUCGAGUGGCGUAAAUGCAGGCAGGUCGACCGUCGCACAGAAUCGUCUCGAAGAGGAGCGCUUAACGAAAGAGGCUAUCAAGAGGGACCAAAAAGUAGCUGAGGUAGGACCUGGUUUGCGUUUGCCUGUUAGAAGCAGCAGUUUGUCGGCCGGGACCAGUGAUAAUAAUUCUCUGCAGCAGCGAAGCAAACGCGAAAACGGUCGUGCCGAAGGCAGCGGAAGCCGCUCCUCCUCGGACAAAGCGAAACCCGAUCGCUCCAAGGUCCGAACCUGGACGGAUCGGUCCAAGUCUUUCACCGUGGAAGCGCAAUUUCUCGGUAUCAAAGAUGGCAAGAUCAACCUGCACAAAAUGAACGGCGUCAAGAUUGCCGUCCCUAUAACGAAGAUGUCCGCUAAAGAUCUUGAGUACGUCGAACUCAUGACCGGUAUCUCCUUGGACGAGGACAAGCCCCUAUCCGACGUCAAGCGUGCGAAUACGACAAAGGUCAACGCAACGAGGGAUGCCUCUAGUAAAGUCGGCGCAUCCAUUGAGCAGCCCAAGUCUGACUACGAUUGGUUUCAGUUCUUCUUAUCUUGCGACGUGGCAGUUGGUCUUUGCGAACGCUAUGCCCAGUCCUUUGCCAAAGACUCGAUGGACGAGAGCGUUUUACCAGAUGUGGAUGCUAGUGUGCUUCGAAACCUUGGCCUUCGCGAAGGGGAUAUCAUAAAGGUAAUGCGGUUUCUGGACAAGAAGUAUGGACGUGACGGCAAGAAGAAAGGUGUUAGCUUUGCCGGCGAUGAGGAUGGCGAGGGCAGCGGCGGCGGGCUAUUCUCGGGCCCAGGUGGUACACUACGGAACAAUACUCGAAAAGGGCGUCCGGCACCAGCGGUCCAAACGAACGAUACGAUUGAUGCAAAGGCAUUCUCGAAUAAGAAUGACUCUAGUCAGGAUCAGUCCGCUACGCCGUCGCCAUCUGCAGGCCGUUCAGAAGCUGCGAAGCCUACUAGUGGGUUUGAUGAUGACGCAUGGGAUGUCAAGCCUUCUAAGCAGCCUAAGCCUCAAACAAACCCAGCUCCGACUCCAGAGCCCAAAGCUGCCACUCCACCUCCGUCUCAACCGCCGCCUACACAAGGCAUGCUAGAUCUGUCGUUACUCAGUCAACCUUUGGAGCCCAUCAAAGCCCAACCUACGGUUAGCGCACCCCAGAUCAUCCAAGCUCCUCCACAGCCAGCACCUCAAAUACAACCUCAGUCUACAGCAGCUCAACAGCCAGGGGCCACACCUGCGUUCUUUACGGGACUUGCUCAGCAACAAACUGGGCUUCAACAGCAGCCUACUGGAGCACAGCCACUGAACCUUGGACUGGGGGGCAACCGGCAAAGGCCAGUGGCGCCGCAGAUGACCCAAGGCCAAGGCGGGCUGGUGCCUCCUCCACCUGCGCGUCCGUUGUCUGCGCCUCAGUCGGCACAACCGAGCGGGUUCGCUCCGCCUCCGUUGCAACCACAAAUGACGGGUAUUGCACCGCCCGGCCAAAGCUUGAACGACUUGAACCAGCAGAGAAUGCAACAGCAAUACAUGGGCAGCUUCCAGCCGCAACCAACCGGUCAGGGCAUGAUGGGUUACAAUCCCACGGGAAUCCAGCCGCAACCAACCGGAUUCGGGGGACCCAACCAGUUCCAAAUGCCACCACAAGUUACGGGAGCUCCGCAGAUGCAGAGUCCGUUCGCCGACCCCAGAGCCAGCCAGUUCUCGUCAAUCCAGGUCCAACCUACCGGGUUUCACGGUGGCUUCAACGCGGGUCAACAAUUUCCCCAGCCCACGGGCGUCAACUCUUUCUUACCGCCUGCCCUGGAACCGCAAAGGACGGGGAUGCCCCCGAUGCAGCAGUCUAUGCAACCUCAGCCAACAGGCUUCGGCGGAGGAUUCGGUAUAGGCUUCAACCCCGGCAUAAACAACCAGCAGGCCCCCCAACCUCCGCCCCCGGCUCCUCUCCAGCCGCAGCAGACUGGGCCGGCACCCCCGGUGCGUUUCGGCGUAGCGGACAAGAUCGCGCCGCAGGCAACUGGCCGCCGGGCAAAUCUUGCACAUGCAACUCCACAAAAUCCCUUUGGUUUCUGA